GGGCGGGACUUCCGGCUCAGCGCACCCGGAAGAUUCGGAUGCAAGUUUCGCAGCUCGUCCGUGCAUCCAUAUGCUCGUUACUUUAGACCUUUUAAUGUAAUUUAGGUGUUUUUUGUAACUCUAGUACUUACAAAAAUGUUAUCUUUAGACUUUCUCGACGAUGUUCGUCGCAUGAACAAGCGGCAGCUCUAUUACCAGGUGCUGAACUUUGGUAUGAUUGUUUCCUCUGCGCUGAUGAUCUGGAAGGGACUGAUGGUAGUCACUGGCAGUGAGAGUCCUAUUGUUGUUGUCCUCAGUGGGAGCAUGGAGCCAGCUUUCCACAGAGGAGACCUGUUGUUUCUGACCAACCGAGUAGAGGAUCCCAUCAGAGUCGGAGAGAUUGUUGUCUUCAGGAUAGAGGGCAGAGAAAUCCCAAUUGUACACAGAGUACUAAAGAUCCAUGAAAAGGAAAACGGGGACAUUAAGUUCUUGACCAAAGGAGACAACAAUGCAGUGGACGACAGAGGGCUGUACAAGCAGGGUCAACAUUGGCUGGAGAAAAAAGACGUGGUGGGACGAGCUAGAGGGUUUGUGCCAUACAUUGGGAUUGUCACCAUUCUCAUGAACGAUUACCCCAAGUUCAAAUACGCCGUUCUCUUCAUGCUGGGUCUCUUCGUGUUGGUCCACCGGGAGUGAGGCACCCAGGCUCCUGCACUCAGAAGGAUAAACUACGUCCAGGAAACCUCAGUCAUGCCUUUCAAAACAAAAUUGUGUUAGACUUUGUCAAACCAGACUGGCUUUUUUGUACCAUUUGUUUGAACAUUUUGUAGAAAUGUGGAUAGGGUGUUUACAUUUGAAAUAUCCAAGCUUUAAAAAAAAAUAUUUUUGUGAGGGAACCAGGCUAGUUUCAGUUUAAAGUCGGUCUUUCUUUGUAAUCUUCAGAAUGUGAAAUGACAUUCUUUAUGAUAAAUUAAAUCUAUUUCUUUCCUGUUGAAUCAUUGUCUUUGAGAAAGAUACGUCAAGUAUUUUAUGACAACUGAAUAUGAAUGAUAUUAAAUAUGAGAUCUGG